UUGUGGACUAGGAUUGGACGCGAUAUCCGUCACUGUGUUCCCCUCCAUUUCGUAAGCCGAUUUAUGUUUUGAUUUCAAGUGUAUUAUUAUUUUAUUUCGUUAGGAAUUUAUUUAAUUUCAACAUAACUAUACAAUAAAAAUGACUUGGGGAUUCGUAACGUGUGGUCCUAACGAGGCGCUUGUAGUUUCUGGAUGCUGCUAUUCGAAGCCGCUGCUCGUGCCAGGGGGACGCGCGUUCGUAUGGCCAGCUAUACAACGUGUGCAAAGAAUAUCUCUAAACACAAUGACCUUGCAAGUGGAGUCGCCUACCGUGUACACAAGCCAGGGCGUGCCUAUAUCGGUGACGGGCAUCGCGCAGGUAAAAAUACAAGGUCAGAAUGCAGAGAUGCUCUUGUCAGCCUGUGAACAAUUCCUUGGAAAGUCAGAGCAGGAAAUUCAACAUAUAGCCCUAGUGACCCUCGAAGGUCACCAGAGAGCUAUUAUGGGAUCUAUGACAGUCGAAGAAAUAUAUAAGGACAGAAAAAUAUUUUCGAAAAAGGUAUUUGAGGUGGCAUCUAGUGAUCUUAUUAAUAUGGGAAUAACAGUUGUAUCCUACACACUCAAAGAUAUCAGGGAUGAAGAGGGAUAUCUAAAAGCGUUAGGUAUGGCUCGAACAGCGGAAGUGAAACGAGACGCUCGUAUCGGCGAAGCGGAGGCUCAAGCCGAGGCGAGGAUUAAAGAGGCAAUGGCGGAAGAGCAGAGGAUGGCGGCCAGAUUCCUCAAUGAUACUGAAAUAUCGAAGGCACAAAGGGAUUUCGAACUGAAAAAAGCAGCUUACGACGUGGAAGUUCAAACUAUUAAGGCGGAAGCUGAAAUGGCAUAUGAGCUGCAAGCCGCUAAAACGAAACAACGCAUCAAGGAGGAGCAAAUGCAAAUCGCUGUUGUGGAACGCUCACAGGAGAUCAACGUGCAGAAGUGGGAAGUGCAACGGAGAGAAAAAGAGCUAGAGGCGACUAUACGCAGACCGGCAGAAGCUGAGAAGUUCAGGCUAGAGAAGCUCGCCGAAGCGCACCGGCUGAAGACGGUUCUCGAAGCUGAAGCCGAAGCUGAAGCUGUCAAAGUCCGUGGAGAGGCUGAAGCAUACGCCAUCAAGGCGAAGGCGGUGGCUGACGCAGAACAAAUGGCGAAGAAGGCGGACGCUUGGAAGGAAUACGGCUCCGCUGCUAUGGUGGAUAUGAUGCUGGAGACUUUACCACGGGUGGCAGCAGAAGUUGCGGCGCCACUGUCGCAAGCGCGCAAAGUGACGAUGGUGUCGUGCGGCGGCGGCGAGGUGGGCGCCGCGAAGCUCACCGGCGAGGUGCUCAGCAUCGUGCAGUGUAUACCGGACCUUGUCAAGGGCGUCACGGGGGUCGAUAUAUCCAAGAUUAAGGCUAUAUCGGAACCGACGCCGGUGCCGACGCCCACAGCCCGCGGCGACUCCGCGAGGAAGGUCCGAUAACUCAACAUUGGUCACAAUUAGAUAAUGCUCGUCGAGGGUAUCAGCGCCGCAUAAGCAGUCUGUAAGUAGAAGUAAAGAGUGUGUACUAGCUUCGAGUGACAUAAACGUACCGAAAUAAUAUAUUCUACUUCCAACGAUUUAAGUGCUACUUCCUACAUAAUAUGUACAAAUAAAUUAUAUUAAAAUAGAUCAGGUUAUUUCGUGAAUGUUUUCAUUAUAUAAGUACAUAUAAAUAUUUUGCAGUAAUGAAAACAGUACAAAGAUAUGGCUAAGCAUGCGUUGACAGCUCGGUGGGCGUAGGACAAAUGAUUUGUUGAAUAAAUUACGACCAAUCGCCUAAAUGUUCUCAAUGUAGUUUACAAAUGACUGUUAUACUAAUGAAGAAAAAAAUAAACUUAUAUUUUUUUAUUUAGCUAACUGUCGUUAGGGUAUUAAGACAAUUUGGUGUUCAUAAGAGGCAGUUUAGAAACUCAUACGGUAACUGCAUUUGUAGACAUAUUUUUGUUUAGAUUUUGUAAUGAGAUGUACCAUAAUAAUUAUUUUUUACUAUUAAUGAAGUAGUGGAAAGCGCUAGUUUAGGCUAUGAACUAGGUAAUUGGGAAAGAUCACGUUUUACGUAAUCUCGUAUAAUAUUUCAAUAAAAAAAAGCUUUUAUAUUAGUUACACGGAGAUGGCAUUGCAAAAUUAUUACUUAGGUUUUUAAUUAAAUACAGUAAUAUCGGAAAAGCAGGAUGUGAUUCAGAAAUGCAUCGAAUCGAAUUUUAAAUGUUUUAUAUUACGUGCGAGCUUUGAUAGAAACUAAAUAGCGGAAGAUACGACACGUCCUUAUAUCUAUAUCUAAAAAGUGACAAUGCACAACGUGUACGCACAUACAUAACUAUGAGUCAAUUUCAAGAUGUCGACCUGACUUAUAUUAGUAUUUAUAAUUAUAAUUUUGUCUUCUAUUAUUUUUUCGUGAAUUGGCCGACUGGUUAAAAGUAAUUCCGCGAAACUACAAGGAAAUUGUGGCUGAAUUUCAUUAGGCGAAUUAUUAAAGGGUCUUGAGUAAUCUUUCCAUGAGUUAUACCCUCGACGUGCUAUCUUCCGAUGUUUUGAUUUUUACAAAGCGUGCGAGUGAACUAGCGCUUUUAAUUCCAUAAUUAAAUUUUUGCUAAUGUAACAUUUUGAUGUAAUAAAUUUACUACUAUAUAUUUAUCAUAAACUCGACGUUUUUUUCCAUAUUGUCGAAUUCGCAGAUUUUUCCUUUAUUAUCAAAAAAAUUCUCAUAGUUUGUAGGAUAGAUACAUUUUGCUAAAAUCUCAGUACUAAUUAACAAAGGAAUAAUUUUGUAAAAAAGAUCGCAACAAAUAGGGUACGCUUGGUUUUCUCCUUUUGGCUAUGUUUUUAAAAUUAUAAAAAAACGAAUCUCCAAAUUUAUUCAACCCGAUCUGAGCGUGUAACUAACCUUAAUAAAAAAAAUAUUUGAUUUCAAAUGCAUAUAUACCUACAUAACAAAUUGUAUCAGUUAGAUUGACUUAUGUUCAGUAGGUAUAUAUGGCCAAAGAAAACACGAAAAAUGUUUAUGACUACAUGCGAAUGUAUGUAUCUACGAGUAACUUCUUACCUAACUCGACUUUUUUUUUUAAAUUUUAACUUCGCCUAAACCAUAUAAAAUGAAUUGUGCGGAUACAAGCAUUUUUUCGGGAUCCGGUGCCAUAUUAUGAAAUAUAUUAUUAUUUAUUCAUUGUUAUUUUUCUUUUAUAGCUUUAAGGAUCAUUUUAAUAUUAUAUUAAUUUAUUUUGAGUAGCACCUGUACUUUGUUUGGAAACAAACAAUUUAUUGAGGUGCUCGUAUUCGUAACUAAUUAAUAUUUUUGCACAAAUUGUUUUCGAUUACCACCGAAUGUAUUAAUUGAACUUACGAAAUUUGUUAUGCGAAUUAUUGUUUUCCACUGAACGAGUUAAAAAUAAUUUCCCAACGUGGAUUGUAUGCGAUUGCAGGAACUUCGCAGAGAAUGAUGUGAGGUGGAACAUAAUAAUUAACUUGGCGUGUAAAAAACGGUUUUGCUAAAUAAUUUUCCAUAGAUGUAUGUACGGUGUUAAGUACUAAGAUAUUGUUGCACUGAGAGUGGCACAAUUCUUAUCUGUGUGUUUCACAUUUUUAUUCAUGUGUAUGGACGUGUUUUCUAUUCGUAUUAUAUUCAGCAAAAAUUGCU